CUCUGAAUCCACUUGCCGGAAGUGCCUUUCCAGUAGACCUGGGCUGUUGUUGCGGUUGUUCUCCGCCUCUCCGUGCAACGCUGGCAAGUCUCAAAGUCGCCACAGGUGCAGGUUGGGAUGGGAGGCACCAAGGAUUGGUAGUAAAUUGGAGACGCGGGCACUAUCGGGCAGGGUUUCCCGAAGACACUGGCGUCUAAACCCCGCCUUCCUUUCUCAGAGAAAUGCCCCUGAUUCAGUGCCUCCACUUAGCUGCAACAACACGUUAAUCAGAACUGCCUGGCAUCUUCCUGAACAAGACUUUCAAUAGGGGCCAGGAUGCUUCGCUUCAUCCAGAAGUUUUCUCAAGCAUCUUCAAAGAUGCUGAAGUACUCUUUCCCAGUGGGACUAAGAGCCAGCAGAACAGAUACACUUUCUCUCAAGGUGUCUCUCCAGCAGAACUUUUCCCCAUUUCCAAGGCCUUGGCUUUCCUUAUCAUUUCCGGUGUAUAUGAGCAAGACACAGUGCUAUCAUACAUCCCCCUGCAGCUUUAAAAAGGAGAAGCAAGCACUUCCAGCCAGGUCACCAAGCACCAUCAGUUACAUAACUGACAGCCCAAAGCCAGCAUUAUAUGUAACUCUGGCAGGACUAAUCCCCUUCGUUGCUCCACCACUGGUCAUGCUGAUGACAAAAACUUAUAUUCCCAUAUUAGCUUUUACUCAGAUGGCUUAUGGAGCCAGUUUCCUAUCUUUCUUGGGUGGGAUCAGAUGGGGUUUUGCUCUACCAGAAGGUAGUCCAGCCAAACCAGACUACCUUAAUUUAGCCAGCAGUAUAGCUCCUCUUUUCUUUUCAUGGUUUGCCUUCCUUAUUUCUGAAAGACUUAGUGAAGCCAUAGUCACAGUAAUAAUGGGUAUGGGGAUAGCAUUACACCAAGAAUUUUUUCUCUUACCACAUUAUCCCAACUGGUUCAAAGCCCUGAGAGUAGUAGUCACUUUAUUGGCUACUUUUUCAUUUAUAACCACUUUUGUAGUUAAAAGUAUUUUUCCAGAAAAAGGACAUAAGAGACCUGGUCAAGUAUAAAAAAUAUAAAAAUACACUGUAGAUAACAUUAGUAUGCCGGCUACACCUUCUUCUACUUCUGUUUGGCUCUUUUUUCCCACACCAGUGGUAAUUUAUUCUUCACAGAUUGUUCUUCAUUUCUAGAAGUUGUUAUUUCAUAGUAAUUACUUGAGCAAAAGCUUGAAAAUCCCUGACAAGUACUUUUCAUCUCAUAGUAUAUUAGUUUUCACUCAGUCAUUUUAUGAAUAAUAGUUAUCCACUUAAACAUUUCAAUAUUUUAACUGUCUUGAAAAUUAAAAGAUUAAAAAUCCCCUU